CGUAAUACAACGCUGCCGGUUGGUCAUUCGUUGUGUUUGUUUAGUGUAUUAUUUUUGAUUAUAAACCAAUAUUAAGCAGUAGUUAAGGAGUAAAGUUAAUCCUAUUAUAAAUAUGAAGGAACCUAAACAAACUCCUAUAGAAGAUUUAGCAGAGUUACGGAGUUACUUUGCAUCACAUAAUUCUGUGCGCGAAUAUGUAGCCCAUACUUCCAAAGUACAUUCAGUUGGCUGGUCCUGUGAUGGCAGGAAACUGGCGUCGGGAUCCUAUGACAAGAGUGUAGUGACCUUUAAUCUUGAGAGGAGCAGAUUGGUCCAAGAUUUUGUGUUCCGAGGCCACACCGGAUCAGUAGAUCAGCUGUGCUGGCAUGCGUCUCACCCUGACCUGCUCAGCACUGCCAGCGGCGACAAGUCUGUGAGGAUAUGGGAUACAAGGUCACACAAGUGUGCGGCAGUCAUACCCACCAAAGGAGAGAACAUCAACAUAGCGUGGUCGCCCAAUGGCAGCACUAUAGCCGUUGGAAACAAAGAGGAUCUCGUCUCGUUCAUUGACACUAAGACUUAUAAAGUGGUGACAGAAGAGCAAUUCAACUUUGAAGUGAACGAGAUCUCAUGGAAUCUCUCCUCCGACUUAUUUUACUUGACCAAUGGACUCGGCUGUGUUCAUAUCAUGACGUACCCCACACUGGAACUCCAGACGGUGCUGAAGGCUCACCCCGGCACUUGCAUCUGCAUCGAGCACGACCCCACCGGCCGGUACUUCGCCACGGGCUCCGCUGACGCCCUCGUCUCCUUGUGGGACACCCACGAGCUCGCCUGUCUAAGGGUAUUCUCUCGUUUGGAGUGGCCAGUACGCACGCUCUCCUUCAGCUUCGACGGAAGACUACUAGCGUCCGCCAGCGAAGACCAUAUAAUAGAUAUUGGAGACACGGAGACUGGCGAGAAGGUAGCCGAGAUUCCUGUACAAGCGUCCACGUUCACCGUGGCGUGGCACCCCGCCAGGUACCUGGUGGCGUUCGCGUGCGAGGACAAGGAGCCCCCGGAGAGGAAGCGGGACGCCGGCAACCUCAAACUGUGGGGCAUCUCCAAUUCCGGAUAGAAUUAGUACCGUGCGGUGGUUCCCGGUACCAAUACAAAAAAGGAA